AUGGGCACGUUUCUGCGUGCAAACGUCUUGAUCUUUGCAUGCGAAGUCACGCGUGACGUCGUGACGAUCGACGAGGUGCUUUCUUUGGACGUUGACCCGUUGGUGAACCGUCGAUGCGAUAUGUGUUCGAGUAAAACGGUGGUGGUGGUUUCGUAUCAUCUCGGAUACAAAGUUGCUGGCAGUGUCUGUGUGUGCUGA